UGUAUUAUGUAUUAAGUAAUUAGUAAGGCAGUCAAUAAACGAUCGUCGACCAAAGCACUCGUUUCAUUUAGAUAGCCCACACAUCACAUGGCGACCCUGCCAGUGGUGCGUCGCGGGCGCGCCGCUUGUAAAGUAAUAUCUAGUUACGACGCCGAGUUUUAAAUAAGUGCAUAACAAUUUUUGGACUAACUUGCAAAAAAUUAUAAAUUUACUUAUUCCGCACAAACAUAUUUUUGACAUUACCUACGCAUCGUCUGUACCUGUUUAUAGUUUGUGAAAAAAGAUGAGAACCUAUUUAUACUAAGAAUAUGGGAAGAAAAAACACGAAACAGGAAAAUGAAGAAAUAGUGAUAGCGCAGAAUGCGGCUGGAGGAGAAGGAAAUUCGGCAGUGAUCCAAGAGUUUCAGAGCCACAUGUCCACGAUUAAGAUUUUCGUAGGAACUGUUUGCGUAAUUAUCAUCCUCGUCGCCGGCGUGCUGGCCUACCUACAGACAAUACCGGAAAUGUCACCAGAAAUGGAUACAGAGAGAAGUAAGAGCUGAAAUCGUAGAAGGUCUUCGACGUCGCAUGUCAUGGCGCAGAGGGUUGGAGUUAGUAGAUGAAGAAAGUGGAAAGUGAUUAUAGUGAGUGAACAAUUUAAAUGGGUGAGCGAUUACAGUUUAUUCUAAGCGAACUCCAAAGUAUUUGUUUGAAUUUAAGAAAAUUAGGGUUAGAAAGGAGAGAAAAAUAUAAGGACAGUGUUGAAAAUAAGAUAAAAAACGCUAAGAUAUUGUUUAAGGAGCAUUUGUAUUUAGUACAAAAUUUUAGACGUACAGUAUGUGCAGGAAAAUGCAUAUUUUUUGGAAUUGUUAACUAAGGAUAUCGAUUUAACUUUUAAGAAAAUUUUAGGUUACGAAAUAAAGUCAGAUAUUGAAAGUGUAACCAUGGACAAGUUCGACAUUAAAACGGCGGCAGCCUUGAUCCCCGUGAUGAACGGUACGGAGGAAAUUACUGAAAAAAUGAUAGAUGCUAUACAAAUGUCUGAUUCAUGCUCAAAAGAGCAAACUUGCAAAGUUUUGUUAAUUUCUUUCGUUUUAAAAACGCGUAUCAGUAAAACUGCUAAACUCAAAUUAAAACAAAAUUAUGCAACUGUUACGGAAUUGAUAACUGACAUACAAAAAUAUUUGCUAACUAAGCAAUCGGCAAGUUCUCUUUUAACGUUUGGGGCUUACGACAAAGGGAAGAUCUUCCACCGAGCGGAUGAUAUUACUCGGUAGACCGACGGUCCGAAUGUUGUUGUUCGGAACUUGUAUAUAUGCGCUUUAUCUUGAAAACGUCGUAAGCGAGAUUCAGGCAUCUGUCAAUUAUCCUGCGUUGUAUGAUGGCUACCCGCCACAAACGCAAAUUAAUAAUAUAAGUCAAAAGGAAAUGACCAUAAAAGAUUAUGCAAAUAAAUUAGAAACAAUGUUCGUUAACCUGACAAUUUCGCAAGCUAAUUCAAAACCAGAGGCAUACGAAAUUUUGAGGCCAAUUAAUGUUGGCCGUGAAAAAGUUUGCGGAUGGUCUCCGCAAUAGGAGAUUGAGUACAAUCAUAUCAGCGCGAGACUACAGCGACUUCAAGGACGCGGUAAGAGCAGCUGAGGAUGAGGAAUCAGCGCAGCCACCGCAAGGCACCGUGUUAAACUAUCGGGGUAAGCGAAAUUAUUUUCCAUCAAAUAUAUACAGACAGAACUACUCCCAAGGUUACGGUUACAGAUCUCAGCGCCCUGCCGGUCAUCGUGGUUAUGGUAAUUUUUACAGACACCCUGGAGCACCAAUGUUCCCUCAAUAGGCAAAUAGAUACAUACGGCCGUCACGUCCCCAUUGUCAAUCUUAUCGCGGACGCGUAAAUACCUAUAAAACAUAUAGGGACGUCAGAACUCUGACCAGGCAUAUACAAUGCAACAACCUAUGCCACAUACGAAUAAUCCGUCUCCUACAAGUAGUACUCAAGACAAUGUAGAUUCCAUGCAAAUGCAGUUUUUUCGGCCAUAAAAUUUUAAAUUGUAAUCAUGACACAGAAUUUAUAACAGUUUAUAUUAACAAUCAUACAUAUAUCUUUUAUUAGACACUGGAGCAACAUUAUCUGUAUUAGAUAGAAGGGCGAUACCCGAGAACGUAACUAUAAACAAAAGCGAUGUUGUUAUAAACGGCGUUGGUGGUCAAGUUAGCGUGAAUCACUUUGCUGACAUAACAUUAUAGUUAGAAAACGGAAACUUAUUUUGUCACAGGUUCUACUUAUUCGAUUCAUUACCAUGUCGAGUCGACGGAAUUAUCGGGUUAGAUUUCCUGAGAACGAACUUCGCGAACAUUGAUUUAUCAAAUAACAUAUUAACAUUACUGAGAAAUGGUAGAGAGAGUGUGGUACAAAUUCAUAAGAAUAGCGAUUUUGAGGCUUAUUUAAAUAUUCCAGCACGUAGUGAGUCAAUACAUUUUUUGAAAUGCAAUUAUAAUGAACAAACAGAUUUUGUGGUAAGCUCUAAGCAGUUAACAGAAAAUUUAUUUUUGGCAGGAAGCAUACUCAGAUCGAAAAAUAAUAAAAUUCCAGUACAAAUUCAGAACACCAGUGAGCAAGAUAUUAAGUUACCAGUAUUUGAACCAUGUGUGGACGUAUUAAGCAAUUUCGAGCAGUGUAAAAUCGGAAAACUAAAAUCAGAUGUAGACAGAGUGAAAAAAUUACUAUCCCAAUUAAAUUUAAAUCAUUUAGGGUUGGAAGAACAAAAAUCAAUAGAGAUAAUUUGUGCUAAAUAUUCUGAUGUUUUUUAUUUAGAAGGAGAUACAUUAACAACAACAAAUAUUAUGAAUCAAUCAAUUAUUUUGAAACCAAAUGUCAAGCCAGUUUAUACGAAACUUUACAGGUUACCGCAAUCUUUAAAACCAGAGGUCAAAAAACAAAUUGAUAAAAUGAUACGUGAGGAUAAUAUCGAAGAAUCGAAUAGCAAGUCCGAUAUUGCUGGUACCAAAGAAAGUAGAUGAAAAUGGUAAUAAAAAAUGGAGAUUAUUAAUAGAUUUUAGAAAGGUUAAUGAAGAUAUACAGGAUGACAAAUUCUCGUUACCAAACAUGACAGACGUACUAGACGCACUAUCAGGAAGCAUUUAUUUUACUCACUUAGAUUUGAAUCAAGGUUUUUAUCAGGUUACUCUAGAUCCUGAAAGCAGAAAAGUUACAGCAUUUACUACUAACACCGGCCAAUAUCAAAUGAAGAGAUUGCCUAUGGGACUUGAAAUAAGCCCAAGUGCUUUCUCUAGAAUAAUGUCAGUAGCACUUUCAUGACUAACAUACGAAAAAUGCUUUGUGUAUUGCGAUGACGUCAUUGUCUUUGGAAGGAACUUAGAGACGCAUAAUAAGAAUUUAAUUUCAGUUUUUGAGCGAUUCCGAAAAGUUAUUUUAAAACUUAACCCAAAAAAGUGUGACUUUUUAAAGAAAAACAUUCUCUAUCUUGGACACGUAGUAUCAGCUGAAGGAGUUUUGCCAGACCCAGAAAAAACUAGAACUUUGCAAAAUUAUCCAGUUCCGAAAAACGCUGAUGAGGUUAGAAGAUUCGUUGCAUUUUGCAAUUACUACCGGAAGUUUAUUCCAUCAUUCGCAGAGAUAGCGAUACCCUUAAAUAAUUUAUGUAGAAAACAUCAACCGUUUGUAUGGUCCAAAGAAUGCGAUAUAGCGUUUAAUGAAUUAAAAAAUAAAAUAAUUACACCACCUUUUUUAUUUAUUUUUAUUGCUUAGGUGGGUUUAUGAGCUCACAGCCCACUUGGUGUUAAGUGGUUACUGGAGCCCAUAGACAUCUAAAACGUAGACGCGCCACCCGCCUUGAGAUACAAGUUCUAAGGUCUCAGUAUAGUUACAACGGCUGCCCCAUCCUUCAAACCGAAACGCAUUACUGCUUCACGGCAGAAAUGGGCAGGGUGGUGGUACCUACCCACGCGGACUCACAAGUGGUCCUACCACCAGUAAUUACGCAAAUUAUAAUUUUGCAGGUUUGAUUUCUAUUACACGAUGUUAUUCCUUCACCGUGGAAGUCAAUCGUGAACAUUUGUUGAGUACGUAUUUCAUUAGAAAAAUUGGUACCCGCCUGGAAUUCGAACACCGGUGCAUCGCUUCAACAUGAAUGCACCGGACGUCUUAUCCUUUAGGCCACGACGACUUACUACCUAUUUUACAGUAUCCAAACUUUGACCAGGACAAUGAAUUUAUCUUACAAACAGACGCUUCAAAGAAAGCAAUACGUUCAGUAUUAUGUAAUAGAGAUAUGAAACCAGUAGCAUAUUCAAGCAGGCCAUUAAAUAAAGCUGAACUAAACUACCCAACCAUACAGAAAGAGUUAUUAGCGAUAGUGUGGAGUGUUAAGUACUUCAGACCAUACUUAUAUGGCAGAAAAUUUACGAUCAAAACUGAUCAUAAGCCUUUAAUUUAUUUAUUUGGGAUGAAAGACCCAUCUAGUAGACUUUUAAAAUUACGUUUAACACUAGAAGAAUACGAUUUCAAUAUUAUUUACGUAAAAGGAAAGGAAAAUGUUGUGGCAGAUCAUUUGUCCAGAAUUACUUUAACAUCAGAUGAAUUAAAAGAUAUGAGUAAUCAAAGUAUUAAUGUAAUGACUAGAGCACAGAAAAAAGAUGGGAAAAUUUAGGCCAUGGUAUAAAAAGUGACCCUAAUACAUAUAUCCGCAGACAAAAGGAUUGAUCACCCUCGAGUCGCAGAGAUAUUACGGAAACCGAACGAUACCAUAGACUUAGUUUUCGAACGCGAUAAAGAAUUAGACAAACUACGAAAGAAAGAUAAAAUAACAUGCGAAGAAAAAUGUUUUGCGUUUGCACCGAGUGAACAAAGGUUAUAUAUUAGUCUUAGGUUUAAAUUACAUUUCACGCGAGACGUAUUUGUAAAUGAACUAAGAUAUUUUUGUGAAAAUUUUAAAAUAAAAGAACUAUGUGUACGGUUUGCACAUACCUAACCAAUACGUGGACACGCCGUGCGUCGUCAUUGUGGUGUCAGGUUAUUUUAUUAUAUUCUUAGAGCAGUGCACUUAGCAACACGCACUUGUUAAGACGUUACCAUCUGUCCUUUACCAAUAUAAUAAAGGUGCUCAAACAACAUUCUUAGUUUACUCUUUGGAACUCAACAAAACUUCCCCUUGGACCCCAACAUUUUUUUUGGUCCUUCGAGCUUAUUCUCGCAUGUUUUUGUGUCUCUAACAACAGUGGCGAAUCGGUUCAGCUGGCCUCUCACAAGCGAGAAUCCCCAGCUGCAUUGAGACAAGGGCGCACACACUGGGUAAGAGUGCAUAAACAUAGUGAGAUUUGGAUACGACCAAUUUAUCAAAAUUGGAUCUUCGUGUCGUGAACUACGCCUAGCUGUACUUGUCACCGUCAACUACGUGCCAAGUUUGGUGAGCUGUCACAUUAUUUCAUAACAUUAACAUGGAUAAACUUGAACUUCAAUCAACUUGUUUCGAGAAUAUCAAAACUUUGUGUACAAGCUACCGCAAAUAUUCUUCGUCUCGAAAAACUGAAGAGUACCUCAACAUACGUUUGUCAUCUUUUGAAGAACAGUGGAGAGACUUCGAGGCGAGAAAUGCCUUAUUACUACUGGAACUGGAAGACAAAACUAUACAUUAUUUCUCGGAAGACGUUUACAACAAAACUAAAGAAAUGUAUCUAACAACAAAAACAGACUUAAACAACAAACUUAAAUACUUGAAACAGCAAAAACAUAGUGUGAAUUUUGAUUUAAGUGACAUUUCUGUUGAGUACACUCAAGACUGCGAGGAUGGGAAAUCUGAAAAAAUACAACAACUUUUAAAUAAACAAGAAUGCAAUUUUAAUGCGAUUUGUCAUGCAUUGUCUAAAAUUGACAUCAUUAGAACUAGUGAAAAGUGGGAGCUGGAAGAUAAUUUUAAUAUUUUAAAAUCAAAGUGGGAGUGCAUCGACAAACUGCACUGGGAAAUUGACUUUCAGCUGAAGAGGUCUAACGAUCACUAUUACCGGAUGUACUCAGAUAUCGAAGAAAAAUAUGAUGAAUUGAGAAAACAACUUCAAUCUAAAAUUUGGUCGAAUGCACACUAUCAGCAGUCGACACCGAGAAUGGAAUUACCUGAUUUUUACGGAAACUACAGUAAGUGGAACUCUUUUAAGGAUCUGUUUCUCGAAACCAUCCAUAACAACCCAACAAUAAACAAAGCGCAAAAAAUGAAACAACUGAAAACCAAAUUGAAGGGGGAAGCAGAAAGUCUGGUACAGCAUUUAUCCGUCUGUGCUGAAAACUACAACUCCUGCUGGGAUAUUUUAGUGCAACGGUAUGAUAAUCGCCGCCUACAAUUUUCAUCGUUUUUCAACACAAUGAUGAGUCUCCCUGUUAUACAUGAACCCGACGCUAACAAUCUCAAGAAAAUGCAUGACAUCAUUAAGUAAUGCAUGAACGGCAUAGCUAACAUCGGGCUGGAUACGGCAACGUGGGAUCCAAUGAUCGUGCAUUUAAUGUUACCAAAAUUAGAUUCAACAACUUUAAAUGAUUAUAAUGAUUUGAAUUUGAAUUUGAAUUUGAAUUAUAUUAACGAAAUCCGAGAUCACAGAGAAUUACAAAACCUGCAAGAUUUUUUAUAUUUUUUGGAGUGCAAGUUUAUGGCAUAUGAAACUGCAAAGUCAACAAAAUCAGUAAAAAAUACCUCUUCAGAAAAAACAUCUCAUUGGAUACCGGCUAACAGUAAACAACCUGUAAAAAAUUUGACAUAUGACUCUAAGAAAACUUAUAACUAUCACGCUACUUAUGGAAAAUGGAAUUAAAAUUGAAUAUGUAUUAUAACAUAACAACGUACUGGGAAGGAACUCGUCGUGUCGAAAAACUAUUUUAAUACUGUGAAAGAUUUGUGUCACAGUGCGAACAUACAAACCUGCAAAACUAUCAUAGAACAACUAAGCCACGAGAUGGAACUGCUCGGUCAUUAUAACUCAAUUUUGAUAAAUCCGCAAAAACAUUUGACUAGCAGAAAAAAACGCGGUCUGGUGGACGGAGUGGGCUACGUAGCCAAUAGCUUGUUUGGAAUAUUGGACCAACGUUUUGCUGAAAAAUAUUAAAAUGACAUAAAAACGAUUCAGAGUAACGAAGACUAUUUACUUGAGCUAAUAAAAAACCCAAACUAGCAUCGUGGAAUUAGAAUACAAAGUACUAAAGAAAAGUGAAGAUAACAUUCAACGGCAAUUCGAUAUGAUCGACCGCUUUGUCAACCAAACAAAAUUAAACUUGGCAACAAUUGAAAUGGAAAUGCAGAUUCUCUCCGCUACUACCUAUUUGAACUCGGCUUCAUUGACUGUAUAUCUUCUUAUCAACAGCCUAAAGACUUUCCAAAACAUGCUGUUCAAUUCGCUUACAAACGUUUACCAAGGACAUAUAGAUGUGCACCUGAUAUCUCCAGCUCAUCUUACACAGCAAUUGGACGAAAUAUCCGGGAAAAUUCCGAAAGACUUAUCUUUACCCGUAGAAAACUACAAAGAAGAUACAAAGGAUCUCUACACGUUGAUAUAUGUGAAGGCGCGAGUCACCGAAAACUAUUUUCUUUUCGAAAUGCAUAUACCAAUUGUAUUUAUAUCCUGACUAUCCAAUGUGAAUUGAGCAAAUACGUGGAAGCAUACCCAAUACCUUCAAAGGAUACGAUAACAGUCGCAAAAGCAUUUGUAAGUAAUUUUGUGUUCAGAUAUGGAAUUCCCAAGGCGAUUGUAACCGAUUUCGUGUCAUCCACCAUGAAUGAGGUAUGUAAACUUCUGAACAUAGACAAAGAAAUGUCCACGGCUUAUCACCAUCAGUCGUUAGGCGCCUUCGAUCAACAAUAGUAACUAGAUAAAGGGAUACGUACAAAAUUAAAGCAAAAACUGUCCGCGUGAAUAUAUACUUAUAUAGCUACAUUCGUUUACUAACAAACGGAGAAAAAAGUUUUGAAACACUUUUACGUUCAAACUAAUAACAACUAUGGCACCUAGUAAUAAAGUCACAAAUCUCCAAAACAUUAUCUAAUACUUACGAUCAUUCGUCACAUAAAACGAGCAAAGCAAUAAAUUACUCCUGUCACUUACCAAUAAAAAGACAUAUUUUAAACAACUUUUAAUGUUAAAUCAAUCUUAAAUAGCAACAAAUAAAGUAACUUUUCCCUUAAUUGCUCUGAGAACUAACAUCGUUUUGCUUUAUUUAUUUUUGCUUCUUGAAAUGCCGAUUUGUAUUUACUACAGGAGGUAAGGGAGUCGCGCUUAACACUAAAAUAAUUUAUUAAUGAAUUAAAGUAAAAGUUUAGUUGUUUACUUUUUAUGUUUUGGAAAUGUAUGUUUGUUAGUAUCUAUACAUUACUUAUUAUUUUAUUAGCGUUACGUUUUUGUGUAAUAUAUAUUUUUAAGUUUUCGCGACCAGUGCACAUAAUAAAACAACGUUUAAACGGUUUCAAGCGUGGUAUUUUUAUUACAAUGUUUCGGCCACGUUUCAGUAGCCGUGAGCACGGAAGGCAAAGAUGUCCAGUGUCAAUAAGCGGAGAUCUUAGCUGGCUUAUAAAAGUCAUCUCUUGUUUCUCUGGCGACAAUCGAGAUCCAUUCUGCACACGUGAUUGCUAGGAAAGCUAAAAUAAAAAUGGAAAGCUAAGUAUCUAAUGAGAGUCUAACAAACAGACACAAAAGCAGCAUUAACCAAUUUUAACCAACUAAUUUUGAAGUGCUGCUAACAAAUUUUAAAAAAUUAUUACAACACAAAUCUACUCCAUGCAUUUACUGUUCUGUUAAGCAAAAGUUUGUCCAUGUGUUGGCCGAGCCUUGGCCAACAUUUGUAGCGGUGGUUAAAAAUCGGUAAUUUUGUUCAAAAUUUAAUAUUAUUUAUAAGUUUAAAGCUUACAAUAUAGUUUAUACUUCAUGUACUUACCGAAAGUAAGAUAUUCCGGCCGUUAAAUUGCUUUUUCGGGCCUUAUUUUUGCAACUUUUGAAUACACACUGCGGUAUUGUGAGACGGGUUGACAUUGGCUGUGUUUGAAGUGAACUAAACAAAAUAAGAGCUCACAUUUCAAGUGCGCUGUUAUUUGACGAGACGGAUUUUAUGCACUGACCCGAAAUCUAGUUACUAUUGUUGAUCGAAGUUAGGCGCAUUGGAAAAUUCACACAAAAGCCUACGUAACUUUUUACGUAUACAAUGCGAUGAAAACAUGGGAUCUUGGGGAUAUUGGUUACCGUUUUGGACUUUUGCAUAUAAUAAUACCAUGCAUACGUCAACCACAUAUGCACCUCAUGAGCUUGUCUUUGGGAAGAAAUGUAAUAUUCCCACUAGGUUAACAAGUAAUGUUGUAGAGCCAAUAUAUAAUAUCGAUAAUUAUGUAUUAGAGUUAAGGUAUAGAUUACAAUUAGCAAAUAAGGAUGCAAGAGAAAAGUUAAUUGCAGAUAAGAUAAAACGAAAAUGUACGUAUGAUAAGAACAGUAAAUCAACUGUGUACGAAAAAGACGAUUUAAUUUUAUUAAAAAAUGAGACCGGAACAAAAAUGGACAGAGUGUUUCACGGACCAUAUAGUAUUGUAGAAGAUCGCGGACCUAAUGUAAAAUUAUUAAAAGAUAACAAAUAGAAUUAGUACAUAAGAAUAGGAUAAAACCAUUUCAUCCCAUAUAGUAUUGUAGAAGAUUGCGGACCUAAUGUAAAAUUAUUAAAAGAUAACAAAAUAGAAUUAGUACAUAAGAAUAGGAUAAAACCAUUUCAUCAAGGUUAAUAACAAAUGUUUAAUUAUCUAUACUAAUAUUAUAAAGAGGAAAGAUUUGUUUGUUUGUUUGUUUCGAAUAGGCUCCGAAACUACUGGACCGAUUUGAAAAAUUCUUUUUCCAUUAGAAGCCGACAUUGUCCCUGAUGAACAUACGGCCGUUUUCAAUAACGUAUCUGAGUUUUCGGAUAGAUAGCUAUCUCCGAAUAUCAGCAAGAGCGUAUCUAUCCUUAGUUUGCGUUUCACAAUCACGGAUAAUUGCUAUCUCUCUUUAACCAACAGUAGAUAGCUUCUUCCCUCCGAUUUAUCCGAGCCUCUUGAUACGUUUCGUUCUACUACAAAUACGAAACAACAUCAGGUUCAAGACUUAUUUUAUUUUAUUCUAAAUUAUAACUAUAAUUUAACCAGCAUAUUGUAGACUAUCAUAAACACAUUUGUUUAUAACAAAAAGUAAUAAAAACAUAUGUAGAUUUUUUUAAAUUGGACGUAUUGCUAUUUUUAUCCUAGUCGAAAUUAUGAAACGAAACGUUUUGACAGUCCGUUUGCCAAUAAGCAGUGAUCAGUUUCUUUUGUUUGUUUUUCUAUUGUUUACCUACUAUAUUAGAUGAUGACUUACCUCCAAAACGUUUUAAAACUUUCGUUUAUAAUUCUAAGUGUGUUUAUAAUUAAAGAGCUACAGUGAAAUAAAAUGAAUUCUUCAAGAAAGUCAGCACCCAUGACAAAAGAUGAGACGAUGAUUCUAGCAGAACUUGUGGCGGCGAAAAAACAUUUCAAUAAUAAGGCAACAAAUGCCACAAACAAUAAAUUGAAGGAGCAGGCUUGGCAAAUGAUUUUAAUUCGUCGAUUCGUCGUUUCCCACGAACUCCAUCGCAGCUUCGACUAAAAUGGGAUAACUUAAAGAACGCUACGGCAACAUAAGAAACAACCUUAGUAAGGCUGGGGGUGGUAAGGAUUGCAGAUGAAAUUUUGGAUAAAGCAUGCACAUUGUUGUAGGUCACAUAUAAUAUUUUUAACACUUUUACAGCCAAGCGGAAACAAGAUGGAAGAAAAGAAAUGCAAGGCUAGCAUAGGGACAAUGCAUUAGCAGAAUAUCUAAUAGCAAAAAAGAGACUUGACUUGGAAAAUAAAGAAAAGGAGAUUGUUGUAGCAAAAGUUAAGUUAGAUUUAGAUAAUUUAAAAAAUUACUUAAAAGGAAUAUUAAAUUUCAUAAAUUAAGUAGGCAAUAAUAAUUUUAUGUUAGAUAGUUUUUUAAGUAUAUGUACAAAUUCUAAAUUAAAUAUCUUGCAUGUACUAACUACCAUGUAAUUAUCAUUUUGGAAAAUAAAAAAUAGUCAAAUUA